UUACUCACAAACUUUGCACACUAACACAAAGCCAAAAACCGACCUUUCAACUAAAUCAUUAUCUUCUUCUUCUUUCUCUUGAAAUCUCUCAUACAUAACGGUCCUCUGAGUCCCAUGGUUUUAAGCAACCAAAAAUUAGCUCCAACUAAGAACAGCUCCUUAGUGGUUCACACGUUCUUUUCUUGAUUUUCAUCACAUUAAAUCUCACUUAAUUAGGUUAGAUUUCAACUUCGUUUGAUCCUAAUUCUCAUUCAAAAUCUUGAAUUCCAUCAUGUUUUUGGGGUUUGGGUUUCCUUUUUUUUAGGUGAAAAGUCUACUUUGAAUAAAAAAAAAUUCAUAGUUUAAAUCAGAGUUCCUAUGGACUCUGUUUUUUUUGCUUCAACUUGAAGAAGUUUAUAUUAAUGGGUCCCUUAAACAAGUUAUUGAUGAAUACCCAUUUUGAUAUGAUGAAUAUGGAUUCUUUUAAUGUAUUUCUCUUUCAAAAAAUGUUCACUUUUGGUGGGUUUUUGUUGGUCUCCUUCUCUGCUCUGUUCUUCUCUCUUUUUGAUUUCUUCAGCAAAGUUUUCUCCAGGACUCCAAUAUGUAAGCUUAAACCAGAGGAAGCUAUGCUUGAUGCUAUUGAAUUGGAGGAUGAAGAAAGUGAAGUAUUUGAAGAGAUUGAAUCACCAAAGUUGGUUUUCAAGUUUCAGUUUCAAACUCAAACUUUUGAAGAAUUCAGCAAGAAGUUUAGAGAUAUUGGCAUGGAAACUGAUCCUUCAACUAGCACAAACAAGUAUGAGUUCAAUUCAAGGAAUGAUUUCGAAUUUGCAAUGGAGAAUCCAAAUGAUGUAAGCUUUUGUGUCAAGGAAUUAUAUACUGAUUCCAACAAUGAGUUGUUUCCAAAACGAGAUUUCUUGGAAGAAAACAUCAAGGAUGAAGAAGCUGUUAUCAUUGAAGAAGUAACAAAGGAAGAUGGUGGUAUAAUGGAGGAGGAAUCCAGGGAAGCUGUUAAUGGCAAAGAAUGUGCAAAUGCCUUGGAUCAUAGUUCAGAUUCAAAUGAAUUGGAAACAUUGUGGGAACAUCAACACUUGAUAGAACAGCUAAAAAUGGAGUUGAAAAAGGUAAGAGCAACAGGGUUGCCAACAAUAUUGGAAGAAUCAGAGUCUCCAAAAGUAAUGGAAGAUUUGAAGCCAUGGAAGAUUGAUGAGAAGUUUCAACAUGUUGACAGAAUGAGUGAUCUUCACAAGUUGUAUAAAAGUUACAGAGAAAGGAUGAGGAAAUUUGACAUCUUGAAUUACCAGAAGAUGUAUGCAAUAGGCUUUCUUCAGUCAAAAGAUCCACUUCAAUCAAUUUCAUCCCACAAAUCAUCGUCUCCAGCAAUUACAUCUCUUCUUCACCAAAACCUGAGGCUCCGACGCCGAAAAAAGUCCAAUUUCGACCCCACCACCAAGUUCAUCAAGGAGCUCCACAGUGAUUUAGAAAUGGUCUACGUAGGCCAACUUUGCCUUUCUUGGGAAAUUCUUCAUUGGCAAUAUGAGAAAGCCAUGGAAAUAUGGGAAACUGAUCCUUAUAGUUUACGUAGAUUCAAUGAAGUUGCUUGUGAAUUUCAACAGUUUCAAGUUCUGAUUCAAAGAUUCAUCGAAAACGAACUGUUUGAAGGUCCAAGGGUGCAAAACUACGUAAAGAACCGAUGCGUUUUACGUAAUCUCCUUCAAGUUCCAGUUAUUCGAGAGGAUAGCGUGAAGGACAAAAGGAAAGGUAGAAGAAAAAGAAUAGGUGAUGAUGAUAAUGAUGAUGAUGAUGAUGGCAUUACAAGUGACAUGCUAGUUGAGAUCAUGGAAGAAUCCAUAAGAAUAUUUUGGCGAUUCAUUCGAGCUGAUAAAGACGCAAAUGUUGUCAUCAAGAAUUCCAGGAAAGGAACUCAAAUAGAACCUCUAGAACCAGCUGAUCUUGAACUUUUAACAAAGGUUCAAACUAGUCUACAAAAGAAGGAUAAGAAGCUUAAAGACAUUCUAAGAAGUGGAAACUGCAUAUUGAGAAAAUUGAAGAAGAAUGAAGAGGAAAAUUCAAAUCAAGUUCUUUAUUUCUUCUCCCAAGUGGAUUUAAAAUUAGUGGCAAGAGUUAUGAACAUGUCAAAAGUGACAAAAGACCAACUUUUUUGGUGCCACAACAAAUUGAGUAAGAUUAAUUUUGUUCAUAGGAAGAUUAAUGUAGAACCAUCUUUUUUGCUUUUCCCAUGUUAAUAUUCAUGAAAAAAUAUAGUCUAUAUUUCCUUGUA